AUGUGGGAGUCUAUACGAAAAUUUGGUCCGGAAUAUUACGACCUGCCUACCAUGUUGUCAAAUGUAUCUGAUAUGCUAAGAGUAUUGACACUAAAUAUUGAUGGGAGGAAUAAAAAACGCAUACCUAUAGGAUACAUCAUUUUAACGACGGUAGCCUCGAUUCUCUACAUCUAUGCAUACGUUUUUUCCGCAUUCUGGUUCUCGUUUUGGCAUGCAGCAGAAAUUGGUGAAGUGUCCGGGGCCUUUGCAGAAUUCUCUCUAAGCAUCACCAGCCAUGUUGUGAUAGUCAGGCUGUUUUAUAUGUUGUUACACAAAGAAAAGCUUGAAGUCCUGAUCAACAAAUACCUAGACCAGGACGCUCGAAUACCGAAAGGCAGCAGGUUCUUCAAUAAUAUGAUGAAGACGCUCAAGCAAGUAAAGAGGCGCGGAAUCAUCUUCUGGACGAUACUAUUAGUGGACCCUGCCGUUUACAUAAUCAAACCACUGUUAACUCCUGGACGGCAUCUAACCUUGGAUACUUUCGUUAUUUAUGGUCUGGAGCCUAUGCUAGAAUCUCCGAACUAUGAGAUAGCCACCGUGGUUAUGGCGACAGGUGUAACGUUAAUAUGCUACUCGGUGGCAAAUGUUACAUGUUUUUGGAUCGUCACCAUCGGUUAUAUUGAAGCCCAAAUGCUGGCCUUAAGUGAAGAAAUCAAACAUAUUUAUGGUGAUGCGGUAUACCAUUGCAAGAAAACAAUUGAUACUAAUAACAAUUAUACUCUUGUGGUCAAUAAAAAUGCUAGCAAAGAUACAGUAGCAGCAAUAAUUAAUCAAUAUAUUAAAGAACAUCUAAAAGACAUAAUAGUUAAACAUUCCACGAACAUCAGCUAUGUAAAAGAAAUAGACGAAAUAAUGAGUAUUCCGAAUGCUGUUGGGUUUUUGUACUUGAUUCUUGGAUUGACGGCAGAACUCUUGGGUGGGCUAGAAAAGACUUGGUUGCAGCUACCGUUUACUAUGCUGCAGUUAAGCGUAGACUGUUACCUGGGGCAGAAAGUGAAGGAUGCCAAUGACAAGUUUGAACAGGCGGUGUAUGAUUGCAAGUGGGAAAAGUUCAAUAAAUCGAAUAGGAAAAUUGUGUUGAUGAUGCUGCAAAAUUCUCAGAAGACUAUGACAUUAUCAGCAGGGGGCAUGGCGAUUCUUAACCUACGUUGUUUGAUGUCUAUUAUUAAAACGACGUAUUCUGCGUACACUACUCUAAGGACAAUGGUUUAA